UGGACGGAAAGACGUCUCCUUCGAUUUUCCCUUCUGUCCGUUAAAUUAGCAAUCAUCGACCACGCGAACUGCGUCUGGAUUAUACGCAGCACGGUAAAAAUAUUUAAUGACCAACUCCCAUUGUUCGUACGUCUUAGGACAUCGCCGUUUAAUGACCCCUCGCGAUCAUUCAGUCUUUAGCCGGCUGUCCGAUGACGCGCAUCGAACUCUUAUCGGUUAUACUAUACGGGAACACGUUUCUAUAGCUAUCUUUUGCAAAGUGUCCUUUUUCUACAAUAUACGUAUGAUCUCGCUGUGCAGCAGCGAACGCGAAUUCUGAUGAGGGCAACCAAAGUUGUGGCUUGCAAGAGCACGAUCAGUCGCAUAGUAAAAUGUUUGCUCAUUUUAUACGGCAUCUGGCCGAACAUACCGUGCAUCACGUUCUGCAAAAUAUUUUGGAGCAUCUCGUUCAUAAUUAUUCAAGUUUGGCACUACCAAUAUUUUCUUGCACAUUUUUAUUCCAAUGAUAUAUUCGACUUGAUGGACUGUCUUGGCACCUUUAUAGGAUACUUUAAGCUGUCCAUCAAGAUCAUUGUCUUCUGGUGGAAUCAACAGAUAUUCAAUCAAAUUUUGAGAACGAUGGCGGAAGACUGGAAGGAAUGCGCAAACAAUGAUAUCGAAAUGCGCAAAGUAAUCAGCAAAGCAAAGAUAUCGCAUUACGUUAGCAACGCGAUCAUUACCUUGCACACAGUAGCAGUGCUUUCUUACGGCAUUAAUAUCAUCCUAACUGACGUUGAUAUUACUGAUCGCAUGAUCGAGAUACCGCACAUAAUGCGAAUGGAAUUUCCGUUUGACAUAAAGACACAGAGUAUGUACAAAUUCGUAUUAAUAAUAGAACUGAUACAGCUUCUUAUGAGCAGCUGGGGAAUGGGAGUAAUAAAUGCCUUGCUUAUAGCAUUGACCUUACACAUAGGCGGUCAAAUAGAUAUACUACGUUGCUGGUUGACGGAACUGGAGUCUGUAGAGAGUACUGAUAAACACAGAAGCAACAUGAUAAAAAAGAUUAUUCGGAAACAUCAGAAAAUUAUCUAUUUCACAGAAAAUAUGGAGACUCUCUACACACUCAUCGCAUUGCUGCAGUUCGUGUCAAACGUGAUGAUGAUUUGCGUAUUAGGAUUCUUAAUUAUAACUGCGCUCGGUAGUCCCAAUGCGACAGAGAAGAUAAUUAGAUCACUUCCAUAUUACAGCGUCACGAAUCUAGAAGCGUUUAUAUUUUGCUAUGCUGGAGAAUACUUGAUCAACAAGAGCAAAGCGAUCGGAUACGCUGCAUAUGAUUCCGCCUGGUACAACAUGGAACCCAAGGACAGACAUAUACUAUUGUUUAUUAUUUUAAGAUCACAAAAAUGUUUAACACUCACGAUUGGAAAGAUGAUGGAUCUCUCGUUGCGGCGCUUCACAAGUAUUAUGAAUUCCGCGGGUUCGUUCAUCUCGGUAUUAUUAGCGAUGCAAUGAACAGCAAUACAAUGAAAAUAUACCUUCCAUCGUUUUUCUAUUGAUAGUCGGAAAGUACGUAUCGAAAAUAAACAUACAAAUGUAAACACUAGUUAACAUAUAAACAUAUAACGUAUGACAUCUCCGAAAUAUUGUAAAGAAAUUAAAUUAGCCGUA